ACGCCGUGAGCCUCCGCGACGCGGCGGUCAAUGGCUUCCACUACAGCACUACGGGGGCCGCCGGGGUCGAGUGGUGGGCCUGAGGUCGGCUCGGGAACUCCAUCACCCCCUUCGAGUCCCCCCCUCGUCGCCGGCAACACUCUGCAGAGUAAGGCGCGCAGAGGGGGGGCAGUAUACACCAUCACAGUUGAGUGUGAGAGACUCUUCUGCGAGACACUGCGGUCUGUUUUCCUGGGUGAGGGGAAUCAGCGCCAGCAGGACUCGCUGGUGACGGGUAUGCUUAACAACACCGACUACGCAACAUCCGACUACGGUACGCCCGGCUCGGUGCAGGAGGUCGCAGUCAGCUCUAGUAACAAGAGCACCGUAACCGAGUGCAUCGAGACGUGGGACUAUGUCGGCGGAAUUCGCUUCCGCGGGUUCAUUACGGAGACGCACGACGAGAAGGCCAUGUUCGUCUUCUUCGAUCAGGCGGUCAUGCAGUCCUCGGGAGAUCUCAAGGCCGGCCUAAUGGCCCUCCUUGAACUCUGCGAACUUCCGUACUUCGAAUGCGACCGACUUGUCGUAGCUAUCGACCGGUCUACUGACUCCAAGGCACUCAUGAAGGACCUCGGCUGGAUCGGCUUCGGGCUCGCGACACUCGACGACUUCGUGUCCGAUGAAGACAUGGAGGUCGAGACUACCAGCCAGCAAUGGCUGUUCAUGGAGAUGGAAACGUAAGUGACAGUGAGGAAGAUACAACGUGUUUGCGUGGACACUGCAUGGCGUACGGAAGGAAUGAUUACGGUAUGUAUGUAUAUGAACGACGAGACUAUUGCUGGAGGGUGUUUGAUUUGACUUGUUUUGUUUCCUCUUCUUUAUCUGUGCUUCUAUUUUGUUGUAGGGACGGUGCUGGUGUUGCGCGUUUCACUUGCGUAUACUCUACACUUUGUCUUGCAUCUGCUUCAGUAAGGCGUCGUAGGACUUCUACUAUGCUAUUUACCAAUUCAUCUCUGCAAUCAUCGAUCUACUGGUGUGCCAUUCCAAACACCCUCCUCUCAUCUACGAAACUGAAGUCGUG